AUGCGUAUUAGUUUAGUACUAUUAUUAUGUUUUGUUACUGUUAUGGUCAAUUCAGCAAAUACAAGAGUAACACGUCGUCGUGUUAUAUCUACAACAGGACGAAAUUCAACUAAAGCAUCAGCACAAAAAUCAGCUUAUGCUUAUUUACGUAGUGUUCGUGGAAAAAAUUCUUGUACUAGUGGUUCAUGUCCGUUUUGGGAACGACAUGGACGUUCAUUUGCAGCACUUCGAUGUUAUGCAAAACAAUAUCAAGAAUGUACAUGUCUCCAUCGAAUGUGUUUUAGUUCAUGUAUGUUUGAACGUAACAUUUGCAAUAAAGAAAUGGUUUCAUGUUUACGGCAAAUUUGCCCAAGAUGUAUGCCAACAUCAGCAUCGGCUAUGUGUGCUAUUUAUGAUUCAUUGGCUGAACAAGUAGCUAAUGCACUUUCAGUUUUUGCUUGUUAUCCAUGUUGUCCAAUUAUUAACAACGGAGGAUUAAACAAUAAUACAAGUAAUUAUAUAUUUCAUUAUCAUUUGUUUCUCAAAUAUUUGUUUUUGUCUAUGAAAGCUGGAACUUCAGCUAUAGAAACAACAACUAUGCUAGGACCUGAAAGUUCAUCAAUAGUACCAAUCACCACAACAAACGUCUUCACUAAUGCAAACGGUAACGGAAUUCCAAAUAGCAACGGUAACGGUUUUGUAAAUGCAAACGGCAACGGAAUUCCAAAUAGUAACGGUAACGGUUUUGUUAAUGCAAACGGUAACGGAAUUCCAAAUAGCAAUGGUAACGGAUUUAUCAAUGGAAACGGUAAUGGCAUUCCAAAUAGCAACGGUAACGGUUUUGUAAAUGCAAACGGUAACGGAAUUCCAAAUAGUAACGGUAACGGUUUUGUUAAUGCAAACGGUAACGGAAUUCCAAAUAGCAAUGGUAACGGGUUUAUCAAUGGAAACGGUAAUGGUAUUCCUAAUAGCAAUGGUAAUGGUUUUAUUAAUGCAAACGGUAACGGAAUUCCAAAUAGCAACGGUAACGGUUUUGUAAAUGCAAACGGUAACGGAAUUCCAAAUAGCAAUGGUAACGGGUUUAUCAAUGGAAACGGUAAUGGUAUUCCUAAUAGCAAUGGUAACGGUUUUAUUAAUGCAAACGGUAACGGAAUUCCAAAUAGCAACGGUAACGGUGUUUCCAAUGGAAAUGGAAACAAUGUUGUAACUGGUAACGGUAACGGUGUUUCCAAUGGAAAUGGAAACAAUGUUGUAACUGGUAACGGCAAUAUUCCUAAUAGCUAUCCUGGUGUAGUGUUUCCUGGCAGUGAUUUAAUGUUCUACAACAACAACUUUCCUCUCCGAAGUCAACAAGCUUUUAAACAACGAGUCCGACAAACUAUUCCUACAACAAAACGUCGUUUAUCAACGAUUCGUCGAACACCAGUUACUUCUCCAAGAACUCAACGAGUCACUACUGUUCGUGGUAAUAAAGUCAAUAGUGGCGUUCGUAAACCGGUGCAAACACAAAAGAAACCACAAACAAACAAUCGUACCAAAAGUUAA